CGGGGAAGUGGAUGAGACCCAGCUCUCGUCCAGGGCAGCGGGUCUGCAGCCAUGCCGCCUCCCCUCACCGCUGUUUCUGCAGCUACCGGCAGGGCUAGGAGUCCUCUGACCUGCCACCGUCCUAGCUCCAAUGUCACGACCUUCCUCUGCCCCGGAUGACUGAAGUCCUCCCCCGGCCUGGAGGCCUGUGCAAGCCGGUUGUCGCGGCCGCAGCCUGCUCGGGAUGUUUGUCUCAGGGACCACACCAGCGGCGCUGCUGGAGACCAGCCGGCUUCCACGCUCACAGCGGCCAAAUAAGGACAUUAACUUCAGGACGAUGAAUUACUCCUCCCGGGACGCCGGCUCCCACGACAUUCCCGAAGACAGGAAGCUCUACGUGGUGGAUUCCAUAAACGACUUACACAAGCUCAACUUCUGCCCCGACGGAUCUCAGCAUCUGCUCCCGCCGGAGGAGAAAACCGCAGGUGUCGGCACUCACGCCAGAAACCGAAGCCCCAGUCUGUUCUUUGUGGGGCUGAUCAUCGUGCUGAUCGUCAGCCUGGUGCUGGUCUCCUUCGUGCUGUUUCUCAUAAUUCAAACAGGAAACGGGAUGGACGACGUGUCGAGAAGACUGGCAGCCGAGGGAAAGGACAUAGAGGAACUCAAGAAACUCAACAGCAUGAUCUUGAAGCAACUCAACCAGCUGGAUGCAGAACGGAACUAAAGAGGGACAGCGUGGCUGAGGAGCUGGCUGCUGCUAUUCACCAGCAGCCGCGUGCGUUGGGCGGGGAGCCCAGUUACUCCACCCGAGUUCAUUGAGCUCUUUCUGCAAACAGCCGACGGCGGAGAAGCUCCGCUUCAUGUGCGAAACGAAGGAGGUGGGUCAUUACGUGUCAGUACAGAAGCUUCGUUGACUUUAUUUCUCACGGAAAAAAAAAAAUUUCUCAGUACCCCAUAAUUCAUUUGGAAGAAAUCUGGUCGGUCUGCAGCCUUCACUAAACUACAGUAGGAACCGCUACAUCUGGAAUGUUUGGAACUGCCUUGUGUGUACAAAAGCUGAGGCAGCCAGGCC